UCAGUAGAGUUGACGUAAAGAACUUCGCUGUACUCGCAAAUUAAAAAUACAACAACCUGACAUCAGUUCAUAGAAUUUUGAAGAGUCAUGGGAGAUGAAAACACACUGUUCUGUGGCAAUUGCAAGCGUGACAUUCCAGAGGCUAACUUCACAACCCAUGAGAUUCACUGUCGGAGAAACAUUGCACUCUGUGAUGUUUGCAAGGAGCCAGUGCCCCGCUCAGAGCUUCAGGAGCACAAGAUCCAAGAGCAUGCACAGAUUACAUGCAAGUGUGGGAUGAAAAUUGAGAAGAAUUUUCUUCAUGUGCACCAGAGCUCUAUGUGCUCUCAGCGUCUCGUUCCAUGCCAGUACUGCGAACUGGAGCUCGUUUUCAGUCAGUCCAAAGAGCACGAGGAUUAUUGUGGUGCACGCACUGAGCCUUGCCCACACUGCAAAAGUAAUGUGAUGCUGAGAGAACAAGCAAUGCAUAUGGUCAUGUGUCAAAGCUUCACACUUCCACAAGAGAGAAACAACAGUAAAAUAAGCUGCAGUCAAGCAGAAGAACCGUCUUCAGACUCAUGGCUUGAAGCUCAUUCCAUCAGAAACCACCUGAGACGUCAAGACAAAGAUCCAAAAAAUAACAACAUCAGUGCAGGGGAACAUUCAUGGUUUCCUAACUUAUUUGACCCCUCAGUUUACAGCACUUCAAGUGGAUGUCAGGCCUUGGCAGACAGGAAGAACACAACACCUCAGAGUACAACAUUUAGUCGCUUCCUGGAGCAGAAUGAUUUUCUGCAUGGUGACAGCGGAGCGUGGCCGCUCAGCAACCACACAGUGGAUGAGGAUUCAUCAGGCCUCGACUACAUGUUGGCUCUCAGCCUUCAGGGUGAUGGAGAACCGAUCCCUGAAGGUGCAGAGGGAAACAUGUGGAAGGGUUUAUGGGACCAAAAGGUUGAGAACACAUCUGUAACGUCUUCACUUCACCCAAACUUCACAGGAAGGAUGAACACAAGUGCUGACCAGGAUGAGAGUCAAACAGAUACCAUGCUGCCGUGUGAAUUCUGCGAGGAGCUGUUUCCUGAGGAAGACCUUAUUUUGCAUCAGACUGGAUGCAGUCCAGCCUCUGCCUUUGCAUCUUUUAGCAAACAGUCAUCUUCUCUACCUAAAAAAGAAGAGAUCGCCCAGAAUGUAUCUGGGCCAGUCCAAAGCAUUCCCAACACUCUUCUGUCCAACAGUCCCACCUUCCCUCGGUCCGUCUCUCCAGACUCUUACCGUUCACCUGCCAGUCCUCUAGAGGGUGAUACGCUCAUCCCAUGUGAGUUCUGUGGCGUCGCUCUGGAGGAAGCUGUUGUCUUUCACCAUCAGGACAAAUGUGACAUGCACCCUGAGACUGCCCACCAACUGAAUAACGGAGCAUCCAUCAAAAAAUGUACUGCAAAUAACCCCUUUGGAGACAUAUCUCCGGAUUUCCAGAGAAGAAGAAAGCACCAAGCUGACGUCUUGGAGGAAGCUUUCUGGACCACAGGACCCAGACCAGACUUAGGAGCAUGGCAGACAGACUUUGGAGCUACAGAUUUAAGGAAAACGUCCGACAGCGACGUGUCGUUAAAACCCAGAGCUCAGCAGGACACAGAAGCAGGAGGAGCUCGUUUCUUUUUCUGUGACACGGAGGCGCCUGGUUCUGCAUCGCUAAAAGGACGUCAUGAUGCAGAAAACAAAGAAGAAAGAGGGACCAGAAGAACUCAAUUAACAAAGUUACCGAAGAAGCAGAAUGAUGAGCAGCAGGAAGAGUGAGAGCCGGAUC